AUGGCCAAGGACAACCCGGCUUUUCCUGCCAUCCCCAAGACCCCUGUCUUUGAGGGCAAAGCGCCCCUUUCCUCACAGCCAGGCAAGUCGGCGGCCUUGCGGCGCCUGGGCGAGAGCCCCGAGAAGGCCGAGAAGAAGCGUGGGCGCCAGCGCUACGUGGAGAAGGAUGGCAAGUGCAAUGUCCAGCACGGGAACGUGCGGGAGACCUACCGCUAUCUCACCGACAUCUUCACCACUCUGGUGGACCUGAAGUGGCGCUUCAGCCUGCUGGUCUUCAUCCUGGCCUACGCGGUCACCUGGCUCUUCUUUGGCCUCAUCUGGUGGUUCAUCGCCUACUGCCGGGGCGACCUGGACCACCUGGGGGAUGAUGCCUGGACCCCCUGCGUCAACAACCUCAACGGCUUCGUCUCGGCCUUCCUCUUCUCCAUCGAGACCGAGACCACCAUUGGCUACGGGCACCGGGUCAUCACCGACAAGUGCCCCGAGGGCAUCGUGCUGCUCCUGCUGCAGGCCAUCCUGGGCUCCAUGGUGAAUGCCUUCAUGGUGGGCUGCAUGUUCGUCAAGAUCUCCCAGCCCAACAAGCGGGCGGAGACCCUGGUCUUUUCUUCCCACGCCGUCAUCUCGCUGCGGGACGACCACCUCUGCCUCAUGUUCCGGGUGGGCGACCUGCGCAACUCCCACAUCGUGGAGGCCUCGAUCCGGGCCAAGCUGAUCAAGUCCAAGCAGACCCAAGAAGGGGAGUUCAUCCCCCUCAACCAGACGGACAUCAGCGUGGGCUUCGAGACAGGUGACGACCGGCUCUUCCUCGUCUCUCCACUCAUCAUCAGCCACGAGAUCAACCAGCAAAGCCCCUUCUGGGAGGUGUCCAAGGAGCAGCUGCAGAAGGACGAGUUUGAGAUCGUGGUUAUCCUGGAGGGGAUGGUGGAGGCCACAGGGAUGACAUGCCAAGCCCGGAGCUCCUACCUGGUGGACGAGGUCCUGUGGGGACAUCGCUUCAUGUCGGUCCUCAGCUUGGAGGAUGGGUUUUACGAGGUGGAUUACAACAGCUUCCACCAGACCUUCGAGGUGCCCACCCCCACCUGCAGCGCCCGGGAGCUGGCAGAGGCUGCAGCUCGCAUGGAUGCCCACCUCUACUGGUCCAUCCCCAGCCGGCUGGAUGAGAAGGUGGAGGAGGGGACAGAGAAGGGGGACACGGCGGACAAAGAGAGGAACGGGAACCUCACCAGCACCGAGAGCGAGUCCAAGGUCUGA